AAACCCUCGAUCCUCGUGCAAGCCUCAGUCUCUCUCUCUCUCUCUCUUUCUCUCUCUCUCUCCCUCCAUUUUCAUCUCCGUCUCCACUCCUCCUGCCUCUAUAUCUGUGUCAUCUUCUCUCCAUUUCUCUUCACCAAAUGAAUCGUCUUCUGUAACUCUCUCUCUCUCUCUGUCUCUCUCUCUCAAGUUUGCUAUUUCCAAAGAGAAACAAGUGAAAGCGAAACCCAAUAAGCUCUUCUUUUGAUUAUCUCCCACCACCGACGACAUGAACGUGGAUUCUUCUCAGACCCAAAACUGGCUUGGUUUCUCUCUUUCCAGCCAUCAUCACAUGAAUAUGAGUAUCCCCUCUUCUGAUACCUCUCAGCUUUGUUUCUUUGAAGCGUUUAACUCCACCACUGCCCCAGUUAGUGUUGUGGAUAGAGCACAAGAAGAAGAUGCAACUGCUGGGAAUACUGUAACAGACCUCUCUAUAUUUACAAGAACGGGACCUAAGCUCGAGGACUUUCUCGGUUGUUCCACUACUGCACCACCUCCACAACCACCACAGCCUCCCCCCCUUCCACAGGCUAUUUGUCAGUUCCAUACUGAAACACCCGUGACUACUGCUUCUGACACUUCUGAGAUAUAUGAUUCUGAGCUCAAAACUAUAGCAGCUAGUUUCCUUCGUGGUUUUUCUUCGACUACUGAUCAAACCGAUACAACCCAAAAACGAACCCCCCUGGCUCAGACUGAAUCUGCACCAAGAAAAACUGUUGAUACCUUUGGCCAGCGUACAUCAAUCUACAGAGGAGUCACCAGACAUAGGUGGACAGGUAGAUAUGAAGCUCAUUUAUGGGAUAAUAGCUGCAGAAGGGAAGGCCAGAGCAGAAAAGGAAGACAAGUUUAUUUGGGUGGCUAUGAUAAGGAGGAGAAAGCAGCUAGAGCUUACGAUCUUGCAGCUCUCAAGUAUUGGGGUCCGACCACCACCACAAACUUUCCGAUUUCUAACUAUCAGAAGGAACUAGAAGAGAUGAAGCACAUGACUAGGCAAGAGUUUGUUGCUUCACUUAGAAGGAAAAGUAGUGGUUUCUCAAGAGGAGCUUCUGUUUAUAGGGGUGUGACAAGGCACCAUCAACAUGGUCGAUGGCAAGCAAGGAUUGGACGAGUUGCUGGCAAUAAAGAUCUUUAUCUGGGAACUUUCAGCACUCAGGAGGAAGCUGCCGAGGCAUACGACAUUGCAGCAAUCAAAUUUAGAGGCCUGAAUGCUGUAACCAACUUUGACAUGAGUCGCUAUGACGUAAAAAGCAUAGCCAACAGCAAUCUUCCCAUUGGAGGAAUAUCCAACAAGUCCAAGAAUUCUUUGGACUCAGCUUCAGACAGUAAAAGCAUUGAUGGGUGUAGAUCGGCUGACGAUCGAGAUCUCUCGUCCGCAUCCUCGGUAACAUUUGCAUCUCAGCCUCCUGCUACCUCUGCAUUAAGCUUUGCAUUGCCUAUCAAGCAAGACCCAUCUGAUUAUUGGUCCAAUAUCCUUGGAUGCCAACGCGGUACUAGUACUUCUUGUUCUUUAAACAGUAUUGGUAAGAGCACUAAUAGCAACGUUGCUCAAAGUGUUCUGUUUCAAUCUUCCACCAAUUUUCCAAGCACAACAGCCUUCAGUAUGGACUUUAAUAAUGGAAGUUCUACAGUGAAUGAAAGCAACAACAAUGGGUUACUUUUUAGUGGUGGCUACCUUCAGCAACAAAGUGGUGGAGUCAGUGGUGGUGGUGGUGGUGGUGGUAUUAGUACAAAUAGUUCAAGUUCAGUCCCAUUUGCCACACCUGUUGCUUUAAAUAUUAGUGGUAGCAGUUACGAGGGCAAUUCUAGUUAUGGAAGCUGGAUUGCGCAAUCUUUACAUUCUUUCCAAUCUGCAAAACCAAAUCUCUCGAUGUUUCAGACCCCAAUUUUUGGCAUGGAAUGAGAUCAUCAAAAGAGGAGAGAGGGUAUGGGAAUGAGAAUCUCUGCAAAAAAUGUAAGUGGAGGAGGCUAGUGGUGGUGGUGGUGGUGGUGGUGGAGGAGGAAGGAGCAUAUGCAUGCAGAGAUUGGUGGGUCUUGAACUUUUUUAGUUGAAGAGAGAGAUGAGAUGGGAAAUGAUGUGUUGGUGGGACUGAUUCCAGCAUUUGACAGGAGCUGACCGUGCUAACUGAAGUUCUUUUCUUUCUUGCUCAUGGUCUUUGGUUCUUUUUUUUUUUCCUUUCCCUUUUGCUUUUCUGUAAUUUUGUUUUCUUUACUGACAUGAAUUUACUUGGGUAUAAAUGAAAAUGAAAAAAGAGAUCCUUUUGUAA